CAUCAUCAUUGUCAUGUCAAUGUGGUUUGCUUGGAUUUAUGACAGCUCCCGCCAUAGCCGGCCAUAGCCAUAACCACCUUUUCCAUUGGUUCCCAGGGAUCAAAUCAGUGUGACAGAUCAAGAAUUUCUCACUCAGAAAGCGAACUUUCUUAAGACAUAGCUCGGGCAGGUUUUUCUUGUACCAAAUCAUAGCAUCUUUGACAAUGUUCCAGGCUUCCAUCACUUGAUCGAACAAGUCCCGUCCGUAGUCGUUUAUGAGUUUUAGCCACGUGAUUUUGCAUAAAUUAUGAAAUAAAUGCACGAUUGAUUAAACAAAGGAAACAUCAAAAGAAACAUUGAACAGAAACAAAAGCUUAUCGUUGUAAGACUUGAACGGGCUCUGUCUCUGACGCUUCAUCAUAGGUGGCCCCGCGUUAAUCCCGUUAGCGUCGUUGGCAAUGGCGAGGGCUGACAGUUCCGUAGUAGUAACAUCAACUACCAUUACCGACUCGAGUUUUCAUAGCUGGCAAUUUUGAAAAAACCCAAAAAAAAAACAAAAAAACAAAAUGAUUCAAAGCCACGAAAAUUCACGUGGAUGUUAAUCCCAAAAAAAGAACCAAUCUUUAAUAGUAACCUGAAACAAUGAUGAAAAGUCUUCCUCUUACCAUUUUGCCAUGUUAAAAGACACAACGCACGUCAAAGGAAAAGAGUCCACCUUCAAGACGCACUCUUUAGAUACCCAUCUUUGCACUUUUCUCUCUCAGCUUCCAAUUCCCAGAACAUUACAACUGUUUUUUUAACCUUGGGAGGCCUGGAAAUCUACCUCCUAGAUUCUGCCAGUCAACUUUUCAGAGCCGUCUAAAGCCCGCCAGACAACCGCCUCGGGGUUCAUUAGUGGUAACAGACAAGGUCGGUAUCAUGGACCAAGGGGGCGCAGCCACCAGAAACGGUGGCUCGGGAAGCGGUUCAGUCGGUGUUCAGAUCCAACAAUCCCGAAGGCUCCCGGAUUUCCUUCAAAGCGUCAAUCUCAAGUACGUGAAAUUAGGCUACCACUAUCUAAUCUCCAAUCUUUUGACCCUUUGUUUUAUCCCUCUAAUCGCGGUUAUUUCAAUCGAAGGUUCUCAAAUGAAUCUCGAUGAUUUACGCCAGUUAUGGCUUCACCUUAAAUACAAUCUAGUCAGCAUAAUCAUUUGCUCUGCUAUUUUAGUGUUCGGGUUAACGGUGUAUAUCAUGACCCGUCCCCGACCGGUUUACCUUGUCGAUUAUUCUUGUUACCGUGCUCCGGACCAUCUUAAAGCUCCCUGCGGUCGUUUCAUGGAGCACUCAAGGUUAACUGGUGAUUUUGAUGAAUCGUCUCUCAAGUUCCAGCGCAAGAUUUUGGAGCGCUCGGGGCUCGGAGAAGAGACUUAUGUGCCUAAAGCAAUGCACAAUAUUCCUCCAACGCCGUCCAUGGCGGCGGCGCGGGAAGAAGCUGAGGAGGUUAUGUUUGGGGCAUUGGAUAUUCUUUUUCGGAACACGAAUGUCAACCCCAAAGAUAUUGGUAUUCUUGUUGUGAAUUGUAGUUUGUUCAAUCCAACGCCUUCGUUGUCGGCUAUGAUUGUGAAUAAGUAUAAGCUGAGGGGAAAUAUUAGGAGUUUUAACUUAGGUGGGAUGGGAUGUAGCGCUGGGGUUAUCGCAGUGGAUCUUGCUAAGGAUUUGUUGCAGGUGCACAGGAAUACGUAUGCUGUUGUUGUGAGUACUGAGAACAUUACUCAGAAUUGGUAUUUUGGGAAUAAGAAGUCUAUGCUGAUACCUAAUUGUUUGUUUCGCGUUGGGGGUUCUGCGGUUUUGCUGUCGAAUAAGUCCAAGGAUCGGAGGCGGGCUAAGUAUAAGCUUAUUCAUGUGGUGAGGACACAUCGUGGUGCAGAUGAUAAGGCGUUUAGGUGUGUGUAUCAGGAGCAGGAUGAUGCAGGGAAGACGGGUGUUUCACUGUCUAAAGAUUUGAUGGCAAUUGCUGGAGGUGCGCUAAAGACCAAUAUCACCACGUUGGGCCCUCUCGUGCUUCCAAUCAGUGAGCAGCUUUUGUUUUUCACAACCUUGCUGGUGAAGAAACUGUUCAAUGCCAGUGUCAAGCCUUACAUUCCGGAUUUCAAGUUGGCAUUUGAUCAUUUCUGUAUACAUGCUGGUGGAAGGGCUGUGAUUGAUGAGCUGGAGAAGAAUCUGCAGCUGCUACCGGUACAUGUGGAGGCUUCCAGGAUGACUCUCCAUCGUUUCGGAAAUACUUCUUCGAGCUCCAUUUGGUAUGAAUUGGCGUACAUUGAGGCUAAGGGGAGGAUGCGGAAGCGCAACCGUGUCUGGCAAAUUGCAUUUGGAAGUGGUUUCAAAUGUAAUAGUGCAGUCUGGGAAGCACUUAGGAAUGUAAAGCCAUCUGGUAAUGGUCCCUGGGAAGAUUGCAUUGAUAACUAUCCUGUGAAAAUAAGUACCUAGGUGAACAACAUUUUAAGUUAGAUUCUACAUUCAGACACAGUAUUAAUUGGAAGGUAGACCGGAAUAUAUUGCUUUUAUCCAAGUCUUGAUGUGUACUUAGUCAUUUUCCUCAGCUUGUUAUCAAAUGUGGAUACCUUUGUGUUUCAUUUUUUGAACUUGCAUGCAUGUCUGGAGUACUAUCAUGUGAGACUCGCUCAUUUUGUACCAUAACACUUCUUGUAUUUUACUGGUCAUUGACCUGUUUGAGACUAAUACAUCCAGGAUUGUUUGAUUUAUA